AAUUCGCCCGAAACAUAUUUUUGGCUGUGAGAAGUUGUGAAUGCUAAACGUACCAUGGCUAAAAAAUCGCAAUUUUGACUCGAUAUCUCGACUCCAACCAGAAAUACUGUUUUAACUUCCAGAAGUAGUGGGGAGUGCUACGACCAACAGUUUUAAUGUAUGAGCACAACACGGUAACAAAAUUGUCGAGUUAGAGUGAAAAUUAAACGAUCUUUUCCUCUCAUGUCUUCGUUUCAGCCACGUCAGUCAAGUUCAAACACGUUCUGAGCCUUAAUUGACUUUAAUUCUGCCGUUCAGUUAUGUGCUUGAAGUAUCCUCGUCAAAACAAAAUCAGUUUCUCUUAGAAUUUCUGAUUGACAUGUACGUUUAGAACGUAAACAUACGUGUACUGCCAUUAUAUUAAACAAAAGGAAAUAUGUGUUUAUAAAUAUGUUUGGACAGUAAAAGGUUGGCCUGGCUAGCGGACACGUCUUAACAUAAUCGGCCGAUGACGAACGAAAUGGAAUAGAGAUUAACACCACAAAUUACUUUUUUAAGUUCGUUCUUCGACUAAGGUGUAUAGGGAAAACGGAUUGAAAUAGCAUAUCGAAGUUUCCUUUGCCAUUCUAUGGAAAUCAGACCGUUCACUCUUGUAUAGAUGACCUCAUUUCAGCCUGAUGUGGCAGGGGGCUCAAUGCUAUUGGUUGAGUCCUCGGACAAAACAGCGUUUGCCUGAGUGACAUUGAGAAGACCCAUCCAGGCGAGGCUAGAAGCGUGGGAAUUUACAAAGAAACGAGCUCUGACCGAACAAGAUAACAGUUUGGAACUGAAACAACUAUCUGCAGUUUUUGCUCACGAACAAACGUCAUUUAGACUAUGGAAGAACCUGGACUUGUUGCCAAGAUAUUUUGACCGACCGCACAAAACGGUUUUACUACAGAAGUUACGGUCCAUUCGCAAGUCGAUGUUUGUGGGACUGAGUUUGACAAAUUUUGCAAAGUUUCCAAUUUUUUAAAGUUUUUCGAAAGAAGAUCUGUAAUUUCCCGGACACCUAGAGACAUUGCCGAAAGGUCUAAAUGGAGUUUUGGUGGAUCGUCUUGGCUGGAUGCGGCGGAGGCCUACUCUUGGCCGCUUACGUGGCCGUGGUCGUGUAUAAAUUAUUUCGACGCAAGAAGAGGGUGCAGAUGAACCAAUAUCAGCACCCUGAACGUCUUACAGAUGACAAAGAUUGGACUACCCAUGUCCAUGCAAGAGAGGUUUCGGAGAGGAGGGCGGACGGCCUAUGCAUGGAAACUCUAUCAGGGUCAACCAAACUUGGUCGAAAAGCGUCCAUCCCGUCCGUUAACCAGUUCCUAGGGGCUUCGGAGGAGGUUCCAAAUGCCUCGCACACAAAUUCCGACGAUAAACGAAAAGGACGUAGCAAGAGUCCAGGCCCGGAACCACAAGCAUCGGCAGGUUUUAACCAAGACACUUCGCCUUAUGUAGUGCCUGCGGCUGAAAGAAGCAGCCCCGAGGUUGUUCGAAGGUCUGAAUACACCUGGGAGACUCUGCUAUGUCAACCCAGCGAUUUCAGAAUUAAACGAAGUCAAUCGUUUAACUGGGACGAUCCUGAAUACAGAAAACCCAAAUGCAAGACUCGUUCCUUGAAGCUUGCAAGUGACAAGCAAGGUCAAGUGAAAAGAACUGUUCGGAGCAAAUCUCUCAGAAGAUAUACGCAUCGUGAAUUGACCGUCUCAGGUGCUGCCGAAACAGCACCAUUCGAUAAAAUUGUCAUCUCCGUGAAAAGAGGGGACGACAACGCGAAACGAAACAAAUCGAAGAAGAGCCCUAAGACUCAAAAAACUGUCAACGAACCAGGAAACAAAGUGACUAAAGCCGAAGGCACCACUAAAAAUAAAAAGAUCAACAGAUCGGGGUCUGCACCAUCUGCGAGGGCCAAGGAAAAGCUUGCUAACACUGAAGUAGAAGGCAGCCUAAAUCGACGACAUUCCUCUCGAUGGAUUCCAGAUCCUGAUUACCAAACUGUGUCGAUGGAGGAGCUCGUUUCAGCAGCUGAGCAACAAGUCAAAGCCACCAGAAAUGAUAACGUGUGUGUAGUGGAGAUCCACAACGUGCCAAGAGAUCGAGAUCCAAAGGUUAGUACAUUAGUGGGAACUGCCACGUCUCAAGUGGUCGACACAUCAUCGAGCACCUCCAUUCAACAGUCAAGUCCAUCACAUGAAGAUCAAACGAACUGUAGCACCACAGUUGAUGUGAAAACAAUACCAAUACCCGGUGUUGCCCAAAGGGUACCAACAGUUCUGCCGAACGAUCAGAGCCCUGACAAAAACGAAGAGACAAAUGUCUCUAACAAGAAUACUCACGACAGAAGAUUAUCCGUCAAAAACCGUAUUCAAAACCUCGAGACUCAGAUUGUCGAUGUACAGUCAAAUACUCGCCACCCCCAAGGAACAGACCCAACUAAACAUUACACGAUGGUUAUAGAAGCCCCACUGACAAUCGACAUCAACAAUAAUUCCCAGACGUUGCCGAACUGGAGACAGAAACAAACUGCACGAGAGGCGAGAAACGAGCCAACCAACGAGAGCAAUCAAAUUGGUCAGCCAUCGUUGAAAGCUAAGCCAAAAGUCGGGUCGAUAGGCAAAUUAACCCUCGUCAAACAUGUGGAAACGCCCGCUCGAGGAGGAAACCCUGAAAUAACUCCUGAAAACCCCACAAGAGAGGAUCCCACAAAGAGUUUUGAAAAUGCUUCGUCGAUCCAGAUGAGGCAACUAACAGAUACAUCAUCGCCAAGAAAUGCGACUUUGCUCGUAAGGAAUUCCGACGAGCAACGGGAAAACGACACCUCACAUGUACCAGUCUGUGCAGCACCACCAGCACCGCCACCACAACCUUUCACAGUGGAUUCACAGUCUUCCCGCCAAGUCCUGGGCAAUGAAGUCAAGAUAACUAUUGUACCAAAAGACAGACAAGACGCGACCUCCGUGUUAAAUGGGGCAAACGCGCCAAUAGCAAGAGACACAGACACGAAUCUCACUUUAGAAGAAAGGAAGAAGACCUGGAAGCGGGAGCAAAUUUUGGAUCAGCUCCACAGCGCCCGCGCAAGGAAUGGAAACCAGAACUACAUAUUUGGCACAGGGUUGGCGUACCAGUCGUGCAUGCCUGAACUACAAAAUAAACUCAAUCAGCUUACGCUUGCAAAAUGAUUUAGUGCAAACUGAUUAUUACCGCCGGGGUGAAUCAAAUUAAGAUAUAAAAACUAGUGUAAUCUUUGACGAAUUAUUCGUCCUGCUGCAUAGCUUACGGUCAAGCUCCAAUUUAUUAAGAUUCUGUUGUUUAAAGUUUGGUCUUGAUUGGAUAUGGGUGUAGUAAUAGCAAGUGAGAUUUUCCGUCAUGAGUAAGAUGCUCCCAAAGAACUUUUGUAGUAUUUUCUUUGAACAUUGUUUUCUAAUAUAUGCGAAUGAACAGUCUAAAUUGUGAAUAUUGCAACCAGGAUCGAGAAGCUUCAUUGAGAUUCGCGCUUGGGAGCAGGAGUUUAAACACACACUGACUUUUAAGGUGGCUCCACAGGGUAAUCAUUUAUGUCGUUGCGCGCGCAAGUGUUAUGUUUUAAUACUGUUUUUGCAUUCGCUUUCACACCUAGUCCUCUCAAACUUAUUACACGUAAUAACCAAUGUUUAAAUAGUAUUUUGCUAUCAUCUCUGUUAAAAUUUUGGAAUUCAGUCUUGAAUUAUAAAUUCCCAAACAAAUGUGUUUUUUACUGUUUUUAAGGCUUUAUUUGUGAUUUUCAUGAAUUUCCUUCGGUGAUCACAUCAAUUCCAGCGGGAGACGAAUUUUAAACACGAAAAAAGUAGGGUUUGUGAAGGCAGUUUUUUCGAUAUUUUCAAAUUUAUGUCUUUUACCGCUGGAAAAAAUCUGGUCUUCUAGAUUUUCCCAAUCUGCCAAAUUUUACGGAAUUUCACCGAAGGAAACGCGAGAAAAUUCACUGUCAGUUUUCCUCAUGUUGACGUACUAAAAUAUCGAAAAACACCGACGUUUUCCUUUGAACGCGCGCAGAUUAUUUGAACUUCAGUCCUCAGCGCUCGUGCGAUCGUGAAACUAUAGGGAGCCACCUUAACUACAUGUAAGAAGUUGUCGUUGUUGAUAACCAUAAAUUAAGUUUUGGGCGCUGACUUUUUUGGAUGUCAGCUUUGUAAUUAUAAAUUGAUCAUUUUAAAUGCAGCUUCUUUUAGGCCUUGCCUGUUCUUACUUAGGAACUAUAAGGUUAUUUUAUUAAAGAGAAUUUCUGCCGGGUA